AUGGUGAAGCUCGCGCGCGCCCUCGACUUUCCUCGAUCUGAAGUCUACUACGAUGUCAUCAAAAAGAUGAAUUUCAAGGUCACGUACACCCUCCGUGCGAAAAAGAUGGAGAGGUGGAUCCGCGCCGUCAAGAGGGAUUUCCUCGAUGCCGCGGAAAUCAAGGACGUGGGCUUGGACUGCGAGUUCACCGACCCUCGCGAGGGUAGAGCUAAUCAGCGCGCCGCUGUCCUUCAACUCUUUGUCGCAAUUAUUUGUAUUCCAUCUGUGAUCAACCUCCAGCAGAUCCUCCGGAACCCUACCCCAAAUAAGCAGACUCUGAGUUUCUAUGAUUUGGCAAAUCAUUAUAUUGGAACGGGUCUCGAGCAUAAGAAGAAGGUUAAUAAGAAGGACAAGGACGCCAAGAACAAGCUGCCGAAGACCGCCAAGGAAUCAGCAGAAGAAGAGACACUGAUUUUUGGAUGGGGCGAUUUUCCCUUGAGCCAUAAGCUACUGCAUUAUGCCGCUCUCGACGCUCUCCUAGGCUUUGAGCUAGGUAGGAGGCAUUUCCGGGCACUUGGCUACAAUAACCAGUGGGAUCGCCUCGAACUUAAUAUUUAUGAGUAG